AUGCAGCCCUGGCAUCAUGACUCCUCUAACAGUACCAGCUUCCUCUUCUCCACCUUCCUGGUGACAGGUAUUCCUGGGCUGGAGUCUGGGCACGUCUGGAUUUCUAUACCCUUCUGUAUUAUGUUCUUCAUGACCUUGGUGGGCAAUAUGACCAUCAUGACAGUUAUCUGGCAGGAGCCAACCCUCCAUAUGCCUAUGUACCUCUUCUUGGCCAUGCUAGCUGCUUCUGACCUGGGUCUGUCCCUUUCCACUUUCCCCACCAUGUUGAGGAUCUUCUGGCUGGAUGCUCGAGAGCUGACAUUUUUGGCUUGCUUCACCCAGAUGUUCUUUAUUCAUACUUUCCAGGUUUUGGAGUCAGCAAUCAUCUUGGUAAUGGCUUUUGACCGAUAUGUGGCCAUUUCUCGUCCACUGCAUUAUUCUUCCAUCCUCACCAGUCCCAUAAUUGCCAGAAUAGGUUUGGUUAUUGUUGUCCGAACACUGACUGUGCAGGUGCCCCUCCCUAUCCUCUUGAAGAGGCUGCAUUUCUGUCGCUCCAAUGUUCUUUCUCAUUCUUAUUGUCUACAUCCUGACAUCAUCAGGCUAUCCUGCUCCAAUACUAGGAUCAAUAGUGCCUUUGGACUCUUUGUGGUGCUGUCCACUAUGGGACUCGAUUUUAUCCUCAUUCUCCUUUCAUAUGUGUUGAUCCUGAAAACUGUCCUGGGCAUAGCAUCUGGUGGUGGGCGUCUCAAGGCUCUCAACACCUGCAUCUCCCACCUGUGUGCUGUGAUCCUCUUCUUCACACCCAUGAUCUGUCUGUCCAUGCUGCACCGCUUCGGGCCAAGACUUCCUUCACACAUCUACGUGGCCAUCGCCAACAUGCAUUUCCUCAUUCCUCCUGUGAUGAACCCUAUCGUGUAUGUGGUGAAAACCAAGCAGAUUCGAGACAAAAUCCUGAAGCUCUGUAUCAAAAAAGGAUCAGAAGAGGUCUAA